UGACGCACGAAGAGAACAAAGAUGGCGUUCCCGAUGGUAACACGAACAAAGCCAGCAGAAUACUAAAAAUAGAAGUGUUAUGAAUUUUAUAAAAAACAUUGUUUAAAGAGUUGAAAUACUUUUAAAAAAAGCUUUAACAAACAAUUUGCCAUGUGUAAACUAAAAAAGGAUUUGGCAAACUAAGCGUUGUUCGUUGCAGUGCAAGUUUUGUGCAAAUCAAAACAUACAUACAUAGAUACAUAUAUGAAGUUUGUGUGUUCGUGGUCAAAAGAAAUACAAAUCCGAUCCACACCUUUUUUUUAUAAUUUCGACGGUUCGGUUUUGGUGCAAUUGUCAAAAAAGUGAACAAUUAUAGUUGCCCACCGUCAAUAGUAAAACGGCAUUAAACUAAACGAAUUUUGUUCAAGCUUCUUUCUGUCCAGUCACCGUCCACAAAAGAACGUCAGAGAGAUCAUGGCGACCAGUGAUGAUGAGCCCAUGCACUUGUAUGAAGUGUUUCAGAACUGUUUCAACAAAAUAGCCAAUAAGCAGCCGCCGGGAUCAGUGGGAACUGAACGGGGUGGCGGCUAUCACUCACCGUAUGGAGGCCUUGCUGUGGAGAACGGGAUGUAUCCGAGUGACUUUAAUUCCAUUCACGAUGCAAACGGAAGCAACAACAAUCGAUUUGCGAACACAUCUACAACAGUCGAUCAAUACUUCGAUUCGGGGGCAACAAGCAGCGCGGGAUGGUAUCAAUCGCAGAUGCACAGCAGUUCCAAUUACAUGGGCCAGACAACUUAUCAGAGCAAUACGCCAAUAUCUUCGCAUCCCAUGGACCAUCAGCAGGUGCAUAAUGCUGAGGGUUUAACAAGCAGCACAAGUAUUGCAAUGCAAAUGGGCGGUGAGAGCGGACAAAUUGGUAUGCACAGCCCGGCAUCGACAUCACUGCCGCCAAUGAGUUCAUUUCGUGGCGGAUCCGGCAGCAUACCGAACAUUGGAGCACCGACCGUGCUCUCGCCGGCCGUGUACAAUUCACCGCAACACAACCAAACCGCAGUGCAGGUGCAAGCACAACAGCAUAGUACUCUGGCCUCGGCUGGGCAAAUUGGCCACCAUUCCCUGAAUCACACCCCGCUACCUCACGCACAUUCACAUUCCCAUCACAAUCAACAACUGAGUCCUGCAAUGCAGAGCGCUGACGGCUUUGGUGGACUAAGUACGGGCGGCCCCAAUGCGAAAGUGCCUGGAGCUGGCAAUUCCUCGGCAACGUCAUUGCGUCAGCAAAUCUAUAUGUCGGCUGCAGCAGCGGACCAGAGUAUUAGCAGCUUUAGCUCAAACCCAUCAACGCCGGUCAAUUCACCGCCGCCAUUGACGCAAUCGGGUGUUGGCGAGGGCAAUGUCUCCGGCAAUGGAUCCGGUUGGAGUCAUAGUGUCCUCAAUGGCAGUGCCGGCUCAAAUUAUGCCAACGAUAUGGUGCCCGUAACCAGUUUACAUACCAUGGCUUCUGUAUUUCAAGGCGCACGCAUGGAAGAGCGCUUAGACGAUGCCCUCAAUGUGCUACGGAAUCAUUGCGAGCCCGAAAUGUUGGCAAAUGUAAAUACAUCGCUAAAUUCGUUGGACAAUACUGAAACGUUAUCUUCCUUCGUGGCCAAUUCACCCUCGUCCCAUCUAAUCGGCGGUAGUUCCGGCGGAAAUGGUGCACUUGUACCUAACACACCGAGUACCCUGACGCAUGAGGUUCUUUCGCUGAGCACACCUGUUGUGGGCACAACCGGAAUUCCAUCAGUAGGUGGUGCAGGUGGUGCCGGAUUAACAAACAUUAAAAUGGAGCGAAAUGCAUCGACAUCGAUACCAACAACAUCAACAAAAACAACCAAGAAGCGAAAGGAGCCAACUGGCAUCAGUAAUAUUGCUCAUGCGGGCGUCUCGACCACAUCGAAUAUUUCGAAUCUGGAAAUAUCGGAUGCGAAACCAACAAGUUCAGUGGAGCCAUCAUCGAAUGCGGCACAGCUGCAACAGCUGUCGCAGGGCGCCAAGGGUUCAAAACGGCCACGUCGAUACUGCUCCUCGGGGGAUGAGGACGACGAUGCCGAGCCGGCUGUCAAAGCUAUUCGCGAAAAGGAACGGCGUCAGGCAAAUAAUGCACGGGAACGCAUUCGUAUACGUGAUAUUAACGAGGCUUUGAAGGAACUGGGUCGGAUGUGUAUGACACACCUGAAAUCGGAUAAACCGCAAACCAAGCUUGGCAUCCUCAAUAUGGCUGUGGAAGUCAUUAUGACGCUGGAGCAACAGGUUCGCGAACGAAAUCUGAAUCCGAAAGCCGCCUGCUUAAAGCGUCGCGAGGAGGAGAAGGCGGAAGACGGUCCCAAACUGAAUAUCCAACACCACAUGAUACAGCAGCCGUCUGUGAGCACCGUCGGCAAUAGUUAUCAUCAUAGCCAGCCUUCACAAUUAGUGCCACCACCAUCUCAGACCAUAAACAGCAUGGCCUUACCUGCUAAUCAGACUAGUAACGUUCUACCACCACACUUGCAACAGCAACAACAGCAGCAGCAGCAGAUUGGACAACACCCACAAUAGCAUGCAGUUGGCAACGACCUGAAAGCAUCAUCAUCAGCAGCAGUAGCAGCAUCAUCAUCAUCUUCCAUUGCAACCCAAUUGAUUCAAGACUCGGCAAAGUACUCAUCAACCUUCGAGUUAGAGCAACAUUUAUUAAGCAAUUUUUUCAGACGUUAUCACGCAACCCAAACCAUUUCCGAGGCAAUACCCCUUUUGCAGCAUCCGCAAUUUUAGUUGAUUUUUAGUACUUAUUUUGUCGACGGAAUCAGCAUAUGCCAAUAUACAAUUUUGAUCUUGUUUAUCAAUUGUAUAUACUUUGUGUUUUAAUCAUGAUUGACGGCGUUAUUUGGAAUUUUGAUCCAGAUGAUAAUUAUCUUGGGUUUACAUCAUUUUGUGCGAUUGUCACUGUAGCCACCUUUUUAAACAUUCAUUCAUACAUAAUUAUAUAAUUAGAUCUACGUAGGUUUAUUUACAAAAAUAAAACAACACAACAACAACCAACAAACAAACAAAAAAAAAAAAACAACAAAAAAUGAAAAAACAAAAAAAGAAAUCCCAAUUUCAUAUAUACAGACUUUCUUAUAUUCCCCAUAUUCUUAGGACAAUACAAAGGUAUAUGCACAUUAAUUUUUCUUAAACGUGUUAAAUGCUCGCAUGUAAUUUAAAAAAAAAAAAAAAAACCAACAAAAAUAAAAACGAAAUAUAUAAUAAUAAUUUAUAUAUUUAAAGCAACCGAGUACUUACAAUAAGUAUUAGAAGGAAGUAAUCGUUAAAUAAAAUUAAAGCUAACUGUUAACUCAACUCUUAGCUUUUAAGAAACUUUUUAAACGGUUAUCAAUUAUAUAAUACGCUAGAGUAGGUUAAACAUUAAAUGAAAUGCUAUUUUAUGUGCAGCGUUCUAAACUUAACUGACAUAGGAAAACAAUCGACAGCUAAAUGCUUCAAUGUCAACUGGCUGCCAAAUUUGAUCAAUGCUGCUUAGAUAGUUAAAGGCAAAUCCAUUUGUCAAUGGCGAUAUUCAAAGAGCAUUCUUGGCAUGCAAUGUAUAUUAUAUUUCGUACAUUAUAAUUACUUCAAUUCUUUAUAAAUUUCGUUUUAAUCGCUAUGUUAUUAAGUAACGAUAUCGAAACAUAUCUAGCUUGUUAAUGGUGAAAAGCAUUUUUAUUUGAAAAUUGUAUUUAGUUUAUCUUUAUUCAUACAUAAUUGCUCAAACAUUUCAAUUAUAAAUUGUAUAAAUAUGUGUAUGUAUGUGUUUCUUAGUACAUAAUGGUUGCCACGCCGUUAAUAAUGAAUAAAUGAGGCAAAACAUAACUUA